UCUGGUAUUCUUCACUGCCGAGUAUAGCUUCUUCCUCUCUCCUAUCGUUUCACCCUAAUCUCCUGCAGAAUCGCAACCGUUUUUCUUCAAAAGAGAGAGAGGGGAGAGAGAAAGAGAAGCAGCCGCAAAAAUGGAGUCAGCGGGAGCAAGAGGUUUGAGCCAGAAGGAGCAGGACAUCCAGAUGAUGCUUGCCGCCGAUGUUCACCUCGGCACCAAAAAUUGCGACUUUCAGAUGGAGCGUUACACCCACAAACGUCGCUCCGACGGUAUUUACAUCAUAAAUCUGGGAAAGACAUGGGAAAAGCUUCAAAUGGCUGCUAGGGUUAUUGUUGCUAUUGAGAGCCCUCAGGACAUUAUUGUUCAGUCAGCUAGACCAUACGGUCAGAGAGCUGUGCUGAAGUUUGCUCAGUACACUGGAGCCCAUGCUAUUGCAGGUAGACAUACUCCUGGAACCUUCACCAAUCAGCUUCAGACUAGUUUCUGUGAGCCUCGUCUGCUCAUUUUGACUGAUCCACGUACUGAUCAUCAGCCUAUCAAAGAAGGUGCUCUUGGGAAUAUCCCUACCAUUGCUUUCUGUGACACUGAUUCCCCAAUGAGAUAUGUUGACAUUGCCAUCCCCGCUAACAACAAAGGAAGGCACAGCAUUGGUUGUUUGUUUUGGCUACUGGCUAGAAUGGUUCUCCAAAUGCGUGGAUCCAUUCGCAUGGGACAGAAAUGGGAUGUGAUGGUGGACUUGUUCUUCUACAGAGAGCCAGAAGAGCCAAAAGAAACAGAUGAGGAAGAAGCUGUUGUUGCUGACUAUGGUGACUACGGUGGUGGUGCUGCUCUUCUCGGAGACACGUGGGCCUCUGCUCCACUUAUAGAAGGAGUUGCUUCAGGUGCUCCAAUUCCUGCAGUUUCUGACGUUGAGUGGACAACUGCUCCAGCCCCAGUUGCAGCAGUAGCAGCAGUUCCAGAAGCUUCGAUUUCUGAAGGUUGGGAAGAGGUUGCUGCUCCACCCGCUACUGGAUGGCAAUGAGCGAAUACUUCAGAGGACCUUGUCCCUUUGAAGCAAUCUUGAAAUUUUGCCGUUGAAUUUUAAGCUUACACACUUUGAUACAUUUCUAGUUGUAGACUGUCGAGUAAUGUGACCAGCAAUUGUAAUCCAAUCAGUGUUUUUUUUGUUCUAAUGGGGUACUUAUCUAUAUUAAGACAUGGGUUUUGAGAGAAGCUGAAAGUUUAUUUAA